AUGCGGGCGCUGGUGGUUGCUAGAAGCCCUGGCGUGGCACCGCCCCGCGCUCGUGUUGACAGCCACAGAAGGGUGGUCCUGAGCUAUCACUGCAGUGGGCAGGUGACAGUGGCCUUCAGGCGUCUCGGCUGGGCGUGGCUUCAUGCUGCUUCUGCCGGGUUGGGCGAGGCUGUCAGUGCUCCCGGGCUGGUGACUGGCCGCUUCAAGGCUGUUUUGGAGAAAGAAGCCUUCACCUCAGAUUCUCAAAGGAGCUUGAAGGUUCCGAGGAGCCUGAGGGUGGAGUGGAAAGGCCUGGCAGCGGAGUUGGAGACUCUCUGCUCGAAGUGUUGUCCCAACGGACCACUGCUCUUUGAAGAUCUGGAUGUGUAUUUUUCUCAAGAGGAAUGUGUGAGUCUGCACCCUUCCCAGAAGACCCUCAGCAGAGAAGCCCCAUUGGAGUCUUUUGAGGAUUUGAACUUGACAGGGGAAGACCGGACUGAGGCCAGUCAGAAGUUAAGCCUAGAGCCUCUAGAACUUGAAGAGCUGUCCCUAGAAACGUACUCCACUGCUGUACCCCUUGUCCGCUACUUGGAGCAGUCUGAGGAGGAUGUUGAAGUACAUGAAAGGAAAAUGUCAGGCGGAACUUUGACUUGCAAGACCAAGCUUGUAAACCUCUUGGUUACUAUUGACAACCAAACUCCAUUAGAAGAGUUAUCUCAGUGUUUAGGAGUCAAAACACUUUCAGAUAUUAUUGAAGUUCCCUGGGAAGAAGCCAAAAAUGUGUACCAGUGUCCUGACUGUGACCAAAGCUUCAGUGAUAAUACAUACCUUGUUUUGCAUCAGAAAAUUCAUUCAAGAGAGAGAAAGUAUAAAUGUGGUACCUGUGAGAAGACCUUCAGUCACCGAACCAACCUGAAGACACACAGGCGAAUCCACACUGGAGAGAAGCCUUACAAGUGUACCGAGUGUGCUGCCAGCUUCCGACAGCAGUCACACCUGACCCGGCACAUGAAUAGCCAUUUAAAGGAGAAACCAUACACAUGUAGUGUAUGUGGGAGAGGUUUUAUGUGGCUCCCCGGAUUGGCAGAACAUCAGAAGAGUCAUACUGAUACGGAGUCUUAUGAGUGUGCUGACCAUGAUCAGGAAACAAGUCUGGCUCUGCCUGAAGAAAGAGGCUCUUCAGACACACCAUCCCAGCAUGCACAGUGUGUGGGGACCUCGGAGCAGCCCUCAGAGCCUGCUCUCCCUGACAAAGACAACCAUAAGGAGAACGCUAAACACUGCAGCAUUGAUGAUGAAGACUUCUUUUCCUUCUCCAGAUUCAAACCCUUACAGUGUCUUGAUUGUGACAUGACUUUUCCUUGUUUCUCGGAGCUUGUCUCUCACCAAACCAUCCACGACAUGGAGAAAAUUCAUAAGUGCAAAACAUGUGCAAAGACCUUUGCUUUAGAGUCCGACCUCGCGAGUCACGAGAAGAGCCACAGAAGAGAGGAGCCCUUUAAAUGUACGGUGUGUGGGAAGAGCUUCAGCGUGAACGUGCAGCUCGUCGCUCACAAACGAGCCCAUAGGAGAAACAGCAAGUAAAUACAGGCUUUUGCUACUGUUGGGCUUCUCGGUGUCUGUCUGAUGGUAAACUGCUCUGCCUCUGUGCAGGGCCCUGUGCUAAGCAAGCACUUUACACACAUUCCACGGAGUGUCGCAGUAUUACUUACUACUGAUUAGAUCUGAGGAGAUAAAUCAGUGUUAAUACAUAGUGGGCGAAGCCGGGAUUUGAACCCGGUUUCUGAUCAAAUUCCAUUUAUAUGAGCCAGAGAAACAUCAAACUUUAAAAUUCAGUAUUCGACUGCUGGGCACGGUGGCCCACACUUUAAAUCCCAGCACUCAGGCAGCAGAGACAGGAGGGUUUCUAUGAUAUAGAGGCCAGCCUGGUCUACAUGAUGAGUUCUAGGCGAACCAAGGCUACAUAGUGGGACUCUGUUUCAAAAAACCAAAAUAAUUCAGUUUUUGUUAAGAUGAAGGCUGUUUUGCAGUUCUUUUUUUUUUAAUUGUAAUUUCUAAAAAUAUUUUUGGAAGAAGAAAUUCAUUUUUUUUGUCAGUUCUAUUACAUGAUGUAUCUAGGAAAAUGAAUGUUCUUAUAUGUGUUUUUUGUUUGUUUUUGUUUUGUUUUGCUUUUUUGCUUUUGUUAAAGCUAUUUCAGUGUAAUGUUUGGGGUUUUUUAAAAUGUGAAUUUCUAGUUUGGGACUCCAUAUAAAGUUACCAAAUUUGCCAACUUUUUUAAAAGUGGGUGUGGAGAUCAGGGAAGCCGGGGUGGAGAGAGAGCCUGUGUAGCGCAGGAUGGCCUCAAAAUCGUCAUUUUUCUGUAUUCAUCUCCCACAUGCUAGGAUUACUGGUAUAUACCACCAUAUCCAGCUAGUUAACAGCUUGCAGACAGUAUUUAUGGAUUUCCCACUUUCAGACUUGAGGGCAGGGGCAGUCCUGACACUCUGUAGACGUUAGACUUUGCAGAGGCUACUUGUUCCUUUCCAAGGGGAUUUCCUCCAGAUCCCACUGAAGCACAGUCCUGGCUGGUUAUGAAUAGUUGGAACUACUUUUUAGAGAGCAUACUAAAUACUGUGGUUAUAUUAUUUUGUUUAAUCUUCAAAAAAAACAAAAAAAAAAAAACAAAAAACAAAACAAAACUGAGAGAAGGGACUGUCCAUGUUUUAUAAACUUUCAGAGGGUAAAGUCUGUCUUUUGCUAGGCACAUCAAGUGUCACACUGUGACGAGACUGACGUCUAGAUUCAGUGACACUGCACUACCACUCGUUGGCUGGCGUUUGUGCCCCAUGUUCAUCCUACUAAGAGACAGGAAGCAGGGAGAGGGAGGGAAGGACAGUCCUUGUGGUGGCCGCCCUGGGACUGACUUCCCAAAGCCCAUAUGUCCUUUGUUUUAUCCGGAGCUUUAUCUCACUGCUCUUAAAAGCAACAGAAGACUGUAUGGCUUCAUGCUUGAAUUCCGUGUCAGCGUAUUAAAUCUGAACUUUUUCAUUAAAUUAUAACUCUUCCCCAUCUUCAAAGAAAAAUACAUAUAGCAUUGUUGAAUUUUUAA